ACCUGUAGGCGGCAGCACCGCGAACUACAGGACUGGAAAAAUGGCGGCUGGAAGUGCAGGCGCAGGCGGCCACAACAGUGGCUCGUCGCCUGCUCUGGAGUCCACUUUAGACCGUCGCUUUCAGACUGUAACCAACACAAUGGAAUCCAUUCAGGGACUAUCCCUCUGGUGCAUCGAGAACAAAAAAUAUCACAGCGUGAUCGUGCGGUACUGGAUGAAGUGGAUGCGCAAAUCGGAAGCAUCUCACAGGCUUAAUCUCUUCUAUUUGGCUAAUGAUGUCAUUCAGAACUGUAAAAGGAAAAACGCCAUAGUCUACCGUACCACCUUUACUGAUGUGCUGCCAGAAGCUAUCAAGCUUGUCAGUGCCAUGAAGGAUUCUAAAAUGAUCAAGUCUGUGGGAAGGAUCCUGUCCAUUUGGGAAGAGAGAAACGUGUAUUCAGAGGAGUUCAUCGGUCAGCUGAGGAACGGCCUAGUUCAGACAGAAGAACCACCAAAAGUUUCAGCUCCCGCCAGCUCCAAAGCCGCCCUGAAAUCCAAGAUUGUGGCUGAGUUUGUGCCCUCAGCGUUUAUCGAGCAUCUGUCCAAGUACAGAAACUCCAUGGAUGACAUUGAGCAAAAAGAGAAACAGUUAGCAGCCAUGCGAGUGGAUGUAUGCAGUACAGAGGCUCUGAAGAAAUUGAAAGACAAGGCAGGAGGUAAGAGGUUCUCCAGAGAUUUUGAAGAUGGGAGCGCAAAGCUUCAGGAGUUUGUCUCUUUUCUGGAUGGUGAGGUCAAAAAAGGACCUCCCUUAAUGGAGGCUCUAGAGAACGCAGACAUAUUCUACGAGAUGCAAUAUAAAGAGGUCAAGAUUGUCGCUAAAGCCUAUGAGACAUUUGCAAACCGAGUUUCACACCUAAAGUGCAAGCUCGAUGCACUGAAGGCUAUGCUUCCUGAUCCAAAUGACUCGCCCAUUCCCUCCCCCAUUGAAGAUGCCCCUUCGCCCACGGGCUCAGAGUCGCCCUUCCAUUCCCUGGGUAAGAUUGGUAUCCCAGACCCAGAGCUGGAUGGACAGGCAAUGGAGGAAGACCUGAUUGCUCUGGGUGAUGCUCCCAGCCCUCUCUCCUCUGUCGGGGGUUCCCCAAAACCUGGUGACCCGUUGGGAGAUAAAGACAAUCGUGACGUAGAGGACAUGGAGCUCUCAGAUGUAGAGGAGACUGAAACACCUGCCAUCAUAGAGGAACGUGUGGUUCCUGCUGUUGAGUCCAAGCCAUCUUCUGUUACUGAGAAUGUCACAGAAUCCUUACAAACUAAGGAAGGCACUCCAACAAAAAAGACCACAGCCCCAUCGGUGACGGGUCCCUCAACAACACAGUCACUGCCAGUGAACCUUGCUGGCGUUGAUCUAGGCAAGAUCAGCUCCAUCCUGAGCACAAUCACAAACGUUAUGAAGAAUUCAGCUGUAGGAGUUAGUCCCGUGUCUCUGUCUUCCCCAAGCGUACCCUCCACUCCAACCUCAACUCUGAAGACGCCCCCUACUGCUUCUCCUUCUGCCAACCCACUGGCCAGCUUUCUCUCUAGGGUGGACAUCAACACCAACACCCUACUCAGUGUCCUAUCCAAAACACAAACCCAAGGUGGUCUUCAGGGUCUUUCGUCUUUACUAAACAACCAGUCUGCAAAGACCACCUCAACUUCAGCUUCAAAUCCUGAAAAACCAUCCCUCACCCCUCCAUUAACAGCACAUGCUCAACCACCUCCUAAAGUCAUACCAACUUCAUCUGGUGACCCAUUGGCCAGAGAUCCUACUCCUCAAGUAUGUGUGGUUCCCAUGUCUACUCAAUCAGAUAUGAUGAAUGAGAAAGUAAAUCCCAGCUCCUCCGUCAACUCCACCCUGGACUCCAAGAUCGACAACCUCCUCCAAGGGCACUCAUGUCUAAAAGGAUUUAAUUUGGGCUUCCCAUCUGUUCUGCCAUGGCCAAAGGGAACUGUUGAUAGCCCCUUAGCAAGUGCAGAGAACCUUGGUGGAACCCCCGUAAGGGACGAGGCUGGUUCCACACCAACUCAAGAUGAGAUUAUGGAUGUCCCAAGAUCAGAGCCCUUUCUGUAUCAACAGGGACAAACAGCGUCUACAGCCACAGCUUUAGAUGCUAAAUCUACACUCUCACUUCCAUCUCGACCAGAACAAAAUUUUCAUUCUGAUCCAAGAUCACAAGCUGGUACAGAAAUUCACCAGAACAUUGGACAAGCAGAAAAGGCCUCCCAAAUCUCAGUGCCCUCUCUCACAGAGGCAGAAGCCAAACGGCAUCAACUUAUCGAAGUAAUGGGUUCUACUUCUGUGCCCAGCAACCAGCAACCUUCAAGCGACAAACCUGGUGCCAUACAUCAGGAGCCGAGGCAAAAUACCUCAAUCAGUGAUGCAGGACGAGAAGGUAACUUGUAUGGUGAGGCGUAUCGAGAUGGUCAAGAGCAGCAAAUGAUGGCCAGCUCGGACGCAUAUGGAGCAAAUUUGUACCACACCCAAGAUACAAGACAGAAUCUUGCCGAGCCUACCUUCUUCACCUCACCUCUACCACCUAUCCCAAACCUUCCGCCUCCACCUCCACCUCAAGACUUCUUGCCUCCAGCUUCUUCCUUGAGGCCAGGCAGUUCUCACAUUCACAUGAAUUUGGAAGAACCUUACAGUGAAGCUGAAGCAGGUGUUGAUGGCUCGUAUGGCCCAAACUCUAACUAUGAUGAGCAUUUAUCUCAUGAGGUUCCAAACAGGGAGCCUUUCCAUCCACAUGGGGAUGGGGCAUCUUAUUCUGCUAUUCCACCAAACCACGUCCCCAAAAUCCCACCCAAUGAGACUGUAGAUUACAACCAUCAACAUCUAACAAGAGUGCCUCUGCAGCACCCUCCAAGUAUGCCACGCCACCACAUUGAGUCUCCUCCUGUAAGGGGCUACCAUGAAGACCGAAGCCCUCCACAACCCUUGGCUGACGAUCCGUACUUUGACCCAUACUAUGAUCAUCCACCUCGUAGCCCCUCUCCACCUCACUAUGACAUGCACUCUGUUUCCCCUCGUGCACAUGAGUAUUUCCCUAAAGAGAUACCACCUCACUAUCCAGAACACAGGGUUCGCCCUCACCUAGAGCAGAGGCCUUGGCCACCCCAUCAUGUCCGUGCGCCUCACCCUGGGCACUAUCCACCACCUCGGCCCCUCCGUCGACCACCACCAGUUCCAUAUGACCAUGUACCACCCUUCCCUAGAGGCAAGCAUCCUGGUCCACCUUUUGGAGGACCUCCUAGAGGUGCUGGUCCUUUUUAUCCUCCUAAAAGGCCUUACCUGCCUCCACGUUACUGAAAUGUUGCUUAUUGUGGUUCUUAAGCUCAAGUGUAGUGUUGAUUGCAUGUCGCAAUGAGCAGUUGAGCUGAACAUGAAGAAGUCCAUGUGCUGUUACAUUGGAUUAUCAGCAAGACAAAAGGUUGGGCAACAGCACAAAAGGGAUGAUGCUUAAUAGCUUCACAAGAUCACAAUAGAGAUAAGAGAUAAUUUAUUCAAGCAACUGGAUAUGCAAGCAGAUAACACCUUGGUGUACAAGUGACUGUCAAGAUCUGAGGAAAAAUGAAGGUAUUAAGAGUGGCAAGAUGAAGUCAAGCAGUACUGGAGCUGAGAAAUGGAAAGUAUCUCUGGCGAGGAAUGCUUGCUGGUGGAAUGACAUGGAAUCUGAAGACAAAGACAAAACAAGAGGUGGUUAUUCUAUUUCACUUCAUUAAUUGUUUAUUUUCCUAUAGUUUUUGAUUCCAGUUCUAUGUAAAGUUAAAAUCAAAGUUUAACACAAAUUGUCCUUUCCCUUGCUUGGAUUGCUCGUGCUCAUGUCUCGCGUAUAUAUUUUUGGAAAAAAUACAAAUGUUUUUUUUGUUUUUUUGGUUCAACAUUUAAUUAAGGCUGAAUGUAAUAUUUUUUUACUAUACAGUUCAGUUCUACUUAUCAAGCUAUGUUGUAAUGCAGAGCUGGUAGUUUUGAUUCACCACAUGUUGUUUUGUACAUGUAAUUAAAUGUACCUCUAACAGGUAGUUAAGCUUCAUUAUCGUCUGUCGUGGAGAAACAACAAUGUAGAGAAAAAGUUAACUUUACAGUUGAGGUAAGACACUGAGGUGUAAAGAGGCAAGCCGUUUUUGCCUAAAAUGGCAGAAGAUGCAGAAGACAAGAAGCUGAUUUAUUAUCGUGAAGAAUCAUCGUGGCCUCCUUCAGUUCCCUGAGGCUUUUACUGUACUGAAUUAAAUAAAGAUGUGUUUGGAAAAAAACCACAGUGGGGGAGUACGGUCUCAACCAUCCUGUCUUUGAUUCUUUUCAUCUCCGUUGCAUCAGUGACUGAUUUCUUUUGCUUUUCUCAGUAUCGCAAAUACAGUACAUAUUCACAUC